AGAAGCGGCGCAAACGAAACUCGAAUUUCCCGCAGAAAUUUUAUCGAGCACCCUAUAGGUAGAACGUUGCGCAGCAGUCAGGCAUCGGCGCCGUCAGCGGCGGUGGCCUGUGUAGUUUUUGCUACGCCCUCUCUUCGCAUGAAAAUGAUUCUUCCCCGGCGUGGUGUAGUAGUAGGGAUCGUCGACCAUUGGUUAUCGAACGUUUUGACUGACAGCUCGGCUGUCUCGUGUCAGGCCAGCGAUGAAAGGGAGAAAGAAAAACAGCUUCUGCUUCCCCAUUAACGCCUACCGACGAUCCUGUGCACCUCUCUAACUCGCGUCUACCUUUUUUCGUCGGGUUUGUUGCCCGAUCACGACGCCGGUUUUAAUACGCCGAUGACUGACAGCUGAAUUUUGCGAAUAACGCCGAAAGCGUAGGCUACAAGUCAUUACAUCCAUUACAUCAGAGGCCCCGGAGGACCUGGGCAACGAUGGAUGCUGCCAGACAGGAAUGAUAGAAUGCAAGAGGGUAGCACCGCCGUGGCGCUAGCGAUGGUGACUCCUGGCUACGAUCAGGACCCUGCAAGUGGGGUUGCCGAUUACACAACUCAUCAGGAUCAGGCACAAUUCGAAGCAGACAAGAGGGCAGUGUACAAACAUCCCCUCUUCCCGCUGCUAGCGUUACUAUUUGAAAGAUGCGAACAAGCAACGCAGGGCUCGGACAAUUCCACGUCCGAAAGCUUCAACAUGGACAUAGAGGCCUUCGUCCAACACCAAGAAAGAGACCGAAAGCCAUUUUUGAUCAAUGACCCCGAAAUUGACGGUUUGAUGAUCAAGGCGAUUCAGGUGCUGCGAAUUCACCUACUCGAAUUGGAAAAGGUUCAGGAGUUGUGCAAGGACUUUUGCAACAGGUACAUCACGUGCCUGAAGGGCAAGAUGCAGAGCGAAAAUCUGCUACGCAGCGAUUACAGUCACCAUGGGCACGAUAUGGGUCCAUCGAGUGGCAGCAAUGGCAGCAGUCCUUUGCAGGUGCUGUCUUCUACAGGCAAUGAUGUUGAGCCGGGAGCUAACGGAUUCCGAGUGAGCAGAGGCGACACCCUGUCGGAGAACGGUGGUGCGAGUCAGGUGGCUGCGCAAGAGGAAACCGGUAACGACAGGCCGCCUUCGGUGCGUUCAUCAUCCACCGCUCAACGCUCCAACAGAUCCUCUAGCCAGGACCAUGACGAUCCUCUAUCACCACCCACGGUACAUGGCAGCACGCCUCUUUCACAGAUCGGGGUACAUCCUUGUGCACCAGUCAACGAUAUGUAUCUUGGUCAAGAUGAUAUGGACUAUGUGAAUAUUGGCGACAGAAUAUAUUUAGAAGAAGCUGGCUAUUGGGGCCUUCUUGCAUUACAAGAGCGCGAGAAUGAAUACGUCGAUGUCGGGGAUGCUAACGACGAAAAGUAUUUUGAUAUCACUGUGGCAGGCUCUCCCUCCCCUGCACCCAGUGAAGAUGAAGACGAGGGGUGUGGCACUGGCACUGCUACUUCAAAUCAUAGUAGUAACCAUGGAGGUAGUCAUAGUAGCAUUAAGAAGGGAAGGCAGAAGCGGGGCGUCUUACCUAAGCAAGCUACGAGCAUUAUGAGAACUUGGCUCUUUGAACAUUUAGUUCAUCCAUAUCCUACGGAGGAUGAGAAGCGUCAGAUCGCGAGUCAAACAAACUUAACGUUGCUGCAAGUCAAUAAUUGGUUCAUCAAUGCUCGUCGACGAAUCCUUCAGCCGAUGCUCGACGGCGCCGGGGCUGACCCGGUGCAACGCGCCGGUAAACGUCAUAAAGUGUCGAAGCACGUCGUCCAACCUCAGCACGUGCAACAGCAACAAGCUGGCGGCUGGCAAUCCGAAGAUUCCGGGAGCGAUUCAGGCUCCAGCGACGGUGAGGGGGGUGCCGAUAGAUCGAAAGAUGGUAACGAUAGCGACGAAGAUGAUCUUCACUGACCUCUGUCGAUCACCGAAACGUCAACCUCUUUACGGUGCAUUCGAGUACAUGUACGAGGACGGAUCUUCAGAUAAAAUCACUAAUGUCGUCACACAUUAGUGAUUGAUGUGCAAGCUCUAUCUAAAGUAUUUAAGGAGAUAGGAAUGGACCAAAAAAAAAAAAAAAUAAGACAGUAACGAGGAUUAAUUUUGGUACAAGAUCGAGUCCCACGCUGUUCUGUUCAAUCUUCCAUAUACUUUUAUGGGUAGCGGUACUAAAAAAUAAUGGUAAUAUUAUGUUUGAUUGUUCACCGUGUUGUACAGUUGACUCUUUCUAAUGCAACAAUGUAAUUCGAGAAAGUAUUCUGUGACAAACUUUUGUAACAAUUCACGUUACGUUCGUAUAAACUUCCCAUACCUAUUGUGUUCUUGAGAAACAAUUUAUGAGAAGUCAAAGAAUUGCUUGUUUCUCUUGUUCAUAUAUAUUUACUCCAGUUUUAAGUUCAACUUUUCUUCAAAUUUAUAUAUAAAUAAUUCCGUGUUACUUUUAUGUUCUAUUUGCUUCCAUGCUUUUUAUAUUUCUAAUGUUCGUGAAUUAUACAGAAGUUUACAAGCAGCACAAUUUGUUUCAUGUGUCGUAACGAGUAUUCCAUCUUGCCAAGAGUUCAUUCUAUAGUUUACGAAAGUGUCCACACAUAUACUGACAGAUAUUUGUACAAUUUGAUAUUCCAAAACACGGAUGUGUGUAUGUAUAUGCGCUAAUAUAAAACUAAAGGACUUUCAGAGGUCCAUUCCUAACUUAAGUGAAAUUUUAAGUCAUAAACUAAGCGUAUUACAUACUUACGUGCAUACUAAAAAGGAAGCAUAACUAAACAACUUGAAUAUUCUCUCUCGUGUACAUCAAGGUCCUGUUAAAUAAGUUGUUUAUUGAUAAUAAAUGCCAUCACGCUU